AAUCUAGAGGUAUCAAUGGUUGAUCUGUCAACUGGUGAAGUAGGACCACCUAAAACAAUGAGAGGAGAGCUAGGUUGGACUGUUGGAGAAUUAAAACAACGUAUAGGAGAAGUAUUUAAUAUCAAUUCAUCAUUUUUGAGAAUAGUAAUCGAGAAGAAGGAUGAUACUUCAGUCCGUGAUAUUAGUGAUGUAAAGAGUACUUUACAGAAGAUACUCUAUAGAGCAUACAGUUCAUAUACUCGGUUGUUCUAUGUAUCAUCAGAUGCUAAAGAUUAUCAAGAAGAAUACAAAGAUAGUUCGAUGUACAGAUAUGUUGAUUUUCAUGUCAACUCGAUAACAUUGGACAUUACAAUGCCCCCAGCUCCUGGACCUAUAACCACACCCACUACAACUGAAGGAGGAAUAAUAAUGAAAAUUAUAUCAAUAAAUGAAGAAAAUAAAGGGAGAGAAAGAAGACCAGAGAAGAAGAAGUAUAAAGCACAGACACAGCUGUCAGAGUUAAGUGGAGUUCCUGUUGAGUAUAUCUAUCGUACAGGGAGUCGAUUAUUUCCAGUUGAGAUAUCAUGUCUUGAUAUUGAGAAUAAGUUGAAAUGGUAUUCCAUCACUUCAGACAGAUACCCAUUACCACUAUAUGAUGGAGAAGUCAUAUAUUACAAGUACUACUGA